CUAAACACAGCCGACAUGAAGUUGGGCUGUGUCCUCACAGCCAGGGCCUUCUACCUGUCCCCUGUGAUGCUCUGGGCAGCCCAGAUGUUACUGGCUGGAUGUCAUACUGCUGCUGGUUUUGAGACACUGCAGUGUGAAGGACCCAUCAGGACUAAGAAGAGCUACUGCCACACCAGGGAUGACGUGAAUGGCCAAAGAGAAGCUGACUUCCAAGUCAAGAGCUACACUUUCAGUGAACCCUUCCAUCUGAUUGUGUCCUAUGAUUGGCUGAUCCUCCAAGGCCCAGCCAUGCCAGUAUUUGAAGGAGACCCAUUGGUUCUGCGCUGCCAGGCCUGGCAAGAUUGGCCACUGACUGAGAUCACCUUCUACCGAGAUGGCUCAGCCCUGGGUCCCCCUGGAUCUGACAGAGAAUUAUCCAUUGCUACAUUGCAAAAGACAGACAGCGGGCACUACCACUGCAGUGCUGUCUUCAGGAGCCCUGGCCCAGGGAGCCCAGAAACAGCAUCCCCUGUGGCUAUCACAGUCCAAGAACUGUUUCCAGCCCCAGUUCUCAGAGCCGUCCCCUCAGCCGAGCCCCAGGAGGGAGGCCCAGUGACCCUGAGCUGUCAGACAAAGCUGCCCCUGCAGCGGUCAGCUGCCCGCCUCCUCUUCUCCUUCUACAAGAAUGGAAGGACAGUGCGGAGCUGGGGCUUCUCCUCAGAAUUCCAGAUCCCCACAGCCUCGGAAGAACAUUCUGGGUCGUACCAGUGUGAGGCAGCCACUGAGGACAAUCAAGUUUGGAAGCAGAGCCCCCAGCUAGAGAUCAGGGUGCAGGGUCCCUCCAGCUCUGCUGCAUCACCUGCCCUGAAUCCAGCUCCUCAGAAAUCAGCUGCUCCAGGAACCCCUCCUACUCCAGAGCCCCCGAGGCCUCUGCCCACUUCUUCUUCUGAAGAUCCCAGCUUCUCUUCUCCUUUAGGGGUGCCAGACCCCCACCUGCACCACCAGAUGGGCAUUCUGCUCAAACAUAUGCAGGAUGUGAGAGUUCUCCUUGGUCACCUGGUCAUGGAGCUGAGGGAAUUGUCUGGCCGCCGGAAGCCUGGGACUACAGAGGCUGCUGCCAAAUAG